UUAUGUCGCUUCACCAACUUGUGCGCUUCAUUUUAAAACCAAAAUAAUACAUUGAACCUCAAUAUGUGUGUGUGAAAGAAAGAAAGAAAAGAAAGAUAAUACAUUUAAAGAAGGACUUUGAAAAGGAAAUGGAACAUAAAGGACGUAGCGAAGGAUCAUGCCCUGAAGUAGAGUGGGGGGCAAUGAAAAAUGUCACAACGAUGCGGAAAGAUCACGAAGACCCAUUGAUUGAGACCUCAACAGGAAAGGGCGAAGAAAAGCUUUCAGAUGGAAGCGAUCAUGCAUCAAAACCCCAAUUCAGUGCAUCUAACAGAGAAGAUUUGUAUGAAAGAUUAGUCGGUGCACUGGAGGGGAGAAAUCGACAGUUUGGAGCAAUGCAUAAGACUUUCGAAUCCCAAGGAAAUAGGUUUUUGAAAAUUGUAGCCGGCUUCAACGGAAUAUUUGAUGGUACGUUUGAAGACAACGAGUCUGAGCAUGAGAAAAAUGAAGCGAAGAAGGAUGAAGACAAGGCCAAAGAUGAAGAAAGAAAUGCGGAAGAUGAGAAAAACGAUGAAGAUGAAGAGGAGGUUGAUGAAGAAAUGGCAGAAGAUAAGAGAAACGAUGAAGAAGACGACGAAGAGGAAGAUGAGCAAAACGAUAAAGAAGAUGAUGAAGACGAAGAGGAAGAUGAGCAAAACGAUGAAGAAGAUGAUGAAGGCCUCGGAGAAGAUGAAGACGAUGGGGAAGAAGAUGAAGAUGAUACAUCAGAUGAAGAAUUUUAAAAAACUAGCUAAAAACAAAAUAUGUUACAAUAUUUUUUUCUGUCAUUCAUUCAUUCCUCUUAUUAUUUCUGGUUUAAAUAAAACAUUUAAUA